AUGGCUAAACCUUUGCAAAAAGACAGAGAGAACCGUUCCGCGGAAAAGAAGGACUUCACGUUCCAUUCUUAUAAUAUUACGCCUGAGAGCGCACAUACUUCGAUAUUACUCCUCGAGUCCACCGAAUCCGAAAUAUUAUGUCAGACACUGCGAGCGAUCACAAAAUUCGCAGCGCAAGAGAUGCAAAAUCGUUACGUGCUUUUCAACCUCAACGCUAUAAAGUAUAUACUGCCUCAUAUUGAACAUUCUGAGUUAAACAUCAAGCGUUUUGCGCUAAAAGCUCUGGCGCAGUUGUGCCAACUGCCGCGUGGGCCGGAACAGGUGCUGGCUUACCCACAGAAUUUGAGAACAGUUGCGUUUAUUUUAGGAAAGAUAGAAGACGUAUUCGUGCUAGAGUUCGCGUCAUUAGUACUAUCGGAACUGACGAGGGAGCCGUUAGGAUGUGAGCAGCUAGUUUCAGCUAACAUUCUAAACAGUCUAUGCUCUCGUAUGAAGAACAGCCUCGAUCCCGAUGUGCAGAAGAAUUGUUUACAGACCCUAAGCAAUCUGCUAGAAGAUCCCAUUUGCGCUUCGGAGGUUACAAAGAACCAGCAGUUUAGUUGGCCGUCCAUCUUGGCUCUAAUGCAGAGCGAAUACUUGGCUAUACAACACGCGGCACUGAAGACCGUAGACCAACUGAUAUGCAGAUAUAAGGACCAGGUGGUGCAAAAAACUUUUCGUGCUUCCACUGGCGUAUUGGAUCUUUGUGAUAUUUUAGAGUCCUACGAAUUCCGAGACGUCCACACACAAGUUCUGGGCGUGCUACGAAACUACGUCGAAAUUGAAGAGAAUGCAGCCCAUCUGUAUCAGUCGGGAUGCAUUCUUCGGCUACUGGCCUAUCUUGAAAUGGCAUUGCCUUCUAUGAAACCUCAUUGCCUCGCUGUGCUGACCAAGAUGUCUUUUACUUCUAACGGGAGAGAUGCCCUCUAUCAAACCGGCACGGAUCUGGUUUUCUGCCAUCAACUCCUCAGUUCCAACGUGGAUCUGCUGGCCGACGCUGCAAUGGGCGUUGCCAACAUGACCAAGUUGUUACCGGCCGCAGUUCGAAUGUCGGAUACCAAUAUCAUUGAAGCACUUUGCGCUAUCCUGAGUGAUGAUGCAGCAGUGUGGUUCUACAUUCGCAUGAAUUCCCUGCGCGCAUUGGCUGAACUCUGUCGCAUCAUCCCUAAAGCUGCCUACAGCCUUAUUGAGCCUAAGACUUUCGCUUCUUUAAGGAAUAUCAACAAGAAGUUCAAAGACAAUCCAAUAGAAGCGCAACGUCUUGCAGUGCAAUGUUAUAUCAAUCUUCAGACCUAUCACGUGAGCACCAAAGCCAUGCUCAAUGCAGAUUUCAUGCAGGAGUUACUUAAUAUAUUACAGCGCUUCGAUACAUGUCUGAGAAUUAUGACAUGCAGAGUUUUGUGUGGACUCAUGAAAGAAGAUAAUAUUGCAAAGGAAUUAUUUACAUCGAAACAAGGUGAAGAGGUAAUUACGAACAAUUUGCGCGUAGAACACAUUGGCCUGCGGACAGCGUUGUGCACCCUUAUUUGCGCGAGCGUUACGAACGAGGGCGCUGACUUAUAUCUGGAGCUAGGAACUAUACAUUAUAUGGUGGAAAAUAAACAAGCUCGGUACGUAGUCAGCGCGUGGGAGCCCGCUUUAGAGGAGAUAUUCCGACACCAUCCGUCCGCGAAGUUCGCUUAUACCGGGCGUUUGGAUAUGAAUGAUUUCACACAGGAAGGUUUCUAUGUACAGAAGCGUUUGGGUGACUCUUUCCCCACAAUUCGCCAGUUGUCCGUUGAACCCCCGCCCUAUAGGACACCCGUGUAUGUGUGCAUGUUCCAACAACCUGCUUACGAUGUGGGCUCAGGACUUGAUAUCAGAUCGCCACAUCGUUUAUCGGAGUCAAGGCUAACAGUUUCAGGAUCGCAUCGCUUCUCACAUUUACCUAACGAUGUCAACUUGCGCAAUUAUCUGUUGCGCCUGCGCAUCUGGUUUGGGGAUCCGGCAAAAUCACUUCAUUACUUCGAAAUAGAAGACGCGCAUUAUGAAGUGAGAUACCGUGAUAAAUGCGACGAAGUGUCUACAUCGCUGAAGCAACGCGCUCAACUUUUGGGAGAGUUCGUUGCGGAACAAAUGUGCGGACUGACGCAAGAACACGAUUGCUCUAUGCCCAGCGUUGAUUUACAUGUAGCGGAUUUGAUGAAUGAGCUAAACUCUCGUCUAGUCGGCCUGGGUUACGUCAAGUGCGGGGGUCGGCUGGAGAGAGCUCUGCUGUACAAGGUGCUAGCCGACCGAGUGGGGCUGCCGUGCGCGAUGCAUAGAAGAUCCAGCGCUCAUGCUUGGUGCGAGGUCGCAGUGCCAGAAAUAGACCCCAACGAAAGGCUGGAAAAACCCUUGAACUUCCCAGCGGGUCUCCUCAGAGUGAACUACAUAGUUGACCUUAUGGAGCAACCCGGUAGGCUUUUACCGCCGGCCUCGCCCGAAGCACAACGUGUGUGCGGGCACGGUUGCGUGCCGUACACUGCGCGCGCACUGUCGCAGAUCUGCAAAUGCGAGCAUUGA